UAUGUAAUAUCUAUGCUGUCACUCGUGUCAAAGCUAGCAGUCGAGUGUUGUUGCUACAUACCGGGAUUUGGUAGCUAAUAUCGUACUAGUUUGACAUUUUAAACAUCGCGUUUUAUAUAUUAAGCAUUUGUGAAUGUGGGGCUUGCGACAACAGGAUUAGGUUGGGAAUUUUCCAUUAGAAAACACGAGUCGCAGCUCAAGGGAACUACUUCCCCCUCACUCAGGAUGCCAUGCCACAAUCAGCAAAUGAGCAAUGUAAAUACCGGGCAGGAACACUCAAUGAAGCAAGUACGUUUUGCCACAAACAGCAGCAGCAAUGUGGCCGCUGUGUUGCCCAUUGCUGUCGAGGCAGGUGAUGCCAGCAGUACACAGCCUGUAAACCAGGAUUCAUUGGGACCUCAACUCAAACUGCUUCCACUCAAUGACCAGAUCCGAGAAUUACAGACUAUUAUUAGAGACAAGACUACCAGCAGAGGCGAUUUUGUGUUUAGUGCGGACCGAUUGAUCAGACUUGUAGUGGAAGAAGGCUUGAAUCAAUUGCCUUACUCCGAGUGCACUGUGACCACACCUACAGGUUAUAAAUAUGAAGGAGUCAAGUUUGAAAGAGGCAACUGCGGCGUCAGCAUUAUGAGAAGUGGUGAAGCCAUGGAGCAGGGCCUGCGGGACUGCUGCCGCUCCAUUCGCAUUGGCAAAAUUCUCAUCCAAAGCGAUGAGGAGACCCAGAAAGCCAAGGUUUACUACGCCAAGUUCCCUCCAGAUAUUUACAGAAGAAAAGUGCUGCUCAUGUACCCCAUCCUCAGUACUGGGAACACUGUGAUUGAAGCAGUGAAGGUGCUGAUAGAGCAUGGAGUCCAGCCCAGGCAUAUUAUCCUCCUCAGCCUCUUCUCCACACCUCACGGAGCCAGAUCUAUAAUUCAGGAGUUCCCAGACAUCACCAUAUUGGCAACAGAAGUUCACGCUGUGGCGCCAACACAUUUUGGACAAAGGUAUUUUGGCACCGAUUAAAUCCAGGAGAAGCAGAGUAACUUGAGCUUGUAAUUGAAGUACUGUACAUGCGUUUUUGUCUGCUUUAUUUAAAAUGUUCUUGUUGUGCCAAAUACUUUCUUCUGAAAAGAAAAACUAUUUAUUCUAUUCUUUCUGCUUUUUCUCAUAUAAAUUUAAACAGUGCUGAGCCAUAUCAAGAUCAUUUUAUUGUGGCUGCUACCAGUGGUGAUUAAAUAAAUUUAUAUUUGUAACAGAAAGAACACCAAAUGGAAAAUAACUGACAAUUGACAGAAACAACACAAUUACAUACAAUACACCAAAGACCACCUUCAACUGAACCAUGAGAUUUUGUAAAUACUGCCUCGUGGUUAAAGAAAAAAAAAAAAAAAAAUUGUUAGACAUCCAGGUUUCUGAUACAUAAAAUACGCAUCAAUGAGAUAUUUGAUAUAACUAUACAUGUCACAUAAUGGGGCAAAAUAUAGACAAUAUCCUGCAGCAGCUAUGUCUCAUUUUCAUUUUAGCAAUAAAUAAGCAUCAUGAACAUUUUCUGAAGGUUUCUACGUGCACAAACAUUAAACAUACACAGUAUAAAUGGGAAAUUAAAAAAUGAUAUGGGAGUGUUUUCUGACAAAGAUAUUUGGUUGGUCCAACAAAGUAAAAAUGUCCUGUUAUAAUGACAAGUGUUAGUGAAGUGAAACGAAUCCGGGUUCCAUUCAAGUGUCACCUUCAUUGUCAAUAAAUUGUUACCACAAAUGUUUGUUUGGUCUCAAAACAAUUGCAUCAAAUGUGUUUAAAAAAAAAAAAACACGGAUACAAAACAAUACAAAAAUCUCAUAACUCUUCCAGUGCCACUGGCGAUGAUAGAUGUUCAAUCAUGUUUCAUCUUUCUGCUCUGAAUUUAGUUAGUCACUAGUAGACGUCCAAUCCAUUUCAAAUGGAUUUGACAUCUAUUGCCGUCAAUGGCAGCCAAUGAGUAAAGACCUGCUUUCCGUUUACAUUGAAUUACAAUGAAACUACUUAAGCAAGAACCUUUGCCUAUUAACCAUGUUUUUAUCCUACA